AUGGCCACCGGUGUGAUCCGGACCCUGUGCGACUUCCAGCUGCCCCUGCUGCGCCACCACCCCUUCCUGCCCUCAGAUCCAGAGCCCCCGGAGACUUCGGAGGAGGACGAGGAGGAGGAGGAGGGGGAGGAGGAGGAGGAGGGGGUGGGGGAGGAGGAGCAGGAGGAGGAGGGGGAGGGGCUGGAGGGCUGCAGCCAGAUCCUCCCAAGCUCAGGCCAGGCAGUGGCCGCAGAGGAGGCAGCCCCUCAGGGUCCCAGCAGCCCCGAGAUGCCGCUGCAGCUGCUACGCUUCUCAGAGCUCAUCAGCGACGACAUCCAGCGGUACUUUGGCCGCAAGGACAAGCCGCAGGACCCAGAUGCCUGCGACGUCUACGCCGACAGCCGCCCAGCCGGCAGCACUGCCCGGGAGCUCUACUACGCGGACCUGGUGCGCCUGGCCCGCGGCGGGUCCCUGGAGGAUGAGCACACCCCGGAGCCUGGGGUCUCCCAAGGGCAGGUGCGCAGGCCGGGCCUCAGCGGGGACAGGGCACAACCCCUGGGACCCCUGGCCGAGCUCUUCGACUACGGGCUGCAGCAGUACUGGGGGUCCAGGGCGGCGGCCAGCUGGAGCCUGAGGCUGGAGCGGAAGUACGGCCACAUUACCCCCAUGGCCCAGAGGAAGCUGCCCCCAUCCUUCUGGAAGGAGCCGACCCCUAGCCCCCUGGGCCUGCUGCACCCUGGCACGCCUGACUUCAGCGACCUGCUGGCCAGCUGGUCAGCCGAGGCCUGUCCUGAGCUGCCCGGCAGGGGAACCCCAGCCCUGGAAGGGGCACAGCCAGCCGAGGCCUAG